AUGAUUCAGGUAAACAUCUUAUCGCCGACACUGUUCAGCCUCCAUAAUGAGGGAAAAGGAAUGGAAGCAAAGACCAGCUUGCCACGGCUGCUGAAAACCGCCGGGGACCAAGAUUACAAGCACUGGCUUGAUUUCAUUGUCGAGGCAUCCGGCACAACGGAUGCUAUUCGGAAGUUGCAGGAGCACGUUGAGUUACCGCCGCGAAUCGCAUCGAUGCCACGUGGCGUGGACGGACAACCACUGUAUUUCACACGGGAUAACCUGUCCGAAAUCGCUCCGGAACAAACCAAGAAUUUUGAUGUUCUUGCGCAACUCUCUCGGACCUUGUCACAUAAGCAGGUUUUCGAGAUUUUUCUUCCAGAAACACAAUGUAGACCAUCUUUCUAG